AGAAACAGAGACGGGGACAGACACACAGACUGCACAUAGACUCUGCUGGACCUGGACCUGCAUCUGAGGUUCUGAAGGUUCUGGAUCAUGGUGGACCCAACACUGAAACCAGCUUCUGUUCUCCUGCUGGUUCUGCUGCAUGGCUGCCUGGCAGAACACGUUUUCCUCGGAAGCCAGCAGGCGGCGCAAGUGCUGCACAGGAGCCGUCGAGCCAAUCAGCUGUUUGAGGAGGUGAAACCAGGAAACCUGGAGAGAGAGUGUGUGGAAGAAAUCUGUGACCAUGAAGAAGCAAGAGAAGUGUUCGAACAAGCGGAUAAAACAGCAAACUUCUGGGCAAAGUAUCUCGACUGUCAAGGAACUCAGGCGAAGAGAACACAAGACAACAUCAAUAAAGUCAGAGAGUGUAUAGAAGGUCAGUGUGUUUUUGGUUCGAGUGUGAACUAUGCAGGUGACGUCAACAUCACACAAUCAGGAAGACAGUGUCAAUACUGGAGUUCCAGCUUCCCACAUCCCAUAAUGAGGGAGUUCAACGCUUCAGAACCAGGCAGCGUCCUUCAGGAGAACUUCUGUAGAAACCCAGACAACCGUCCGGAGGGGCCAUGGUGUUUCACCAGAGACCCGAUGGUCCCGAAAGAAACCUGCAGGGUCCCGACAUGUGGUGAGGCCUUUGUUCCGUCCACUCUGGCCCCUGAACCAAACAAAACCGGCGACUGUAUGCGAAAAUAUGGCAUUGACUACGUUGGUGAUCUGGCAGUCACAUUGGGAGGACACACCUGUCUGCAGUGGUCAUCACCGGAGGCGAAGGCCCUCAGUGUGGACAAGGAGUUCAUCCCUGAGGUCCUUCUGCCGGGCAACAAGUGCCGUAACCCCGACAAUGACCCCGAGGGACCCUGGUGCUACGUGGCGGUCGACGGUAACGUGACUGUCGACUACUGCGACCUGCAGCUCUGUGAGGACUCAUUGACCGAGGAGUAUCUGACCGGAGAUCCGGAAGGUCAGGAGCGAUCCGUCUUGAAACCUGCAAAGAAAACGUUUUUCAACCCUCGAACCUUCGGAACAGGAGAGAGCGAAUGUGGAAUGCGCCCCCUGUUUGAAAAGCAGGCAAGAAAGGACUCAAAGGAGAACGAGCUGCUGGAGUCCUAUGUACAAGGACGCAUCGUUGGAGGUGAUGAAGCCGAGAAGGCCUCUGCGCCAUGGCAGGUGAUGCUGUAUAAGCGCAGCCCACAGGAGCUGCUGUGUGGAGCCAGUCUGAUCAGCGACCAGUGGAUCCUCACUGCAGCUCACUGCAUCCUCUACCCGCCCUGGAACAAGAACUUCACGUCCAAGGACAUCCUGGUCCGACUGGGAAAACACAACAGGGCCAAGUUUGAGCGUGGCACUGAGAAGAUCGUGGCCAUCAGUGAUAUUAUCGUCCACCCAAAGUACAACUGGAGGACAAAUCUGAACCGUGACAUCGCUCUGCUGCAUCUGAGACGACCGGUCACCUUUACCGACGAGAUCCACCCGGUCUGCCUGCCCACCAGGAAGGUCGCCAUGACUCUGAUGACUCAAGGCUUUAAGGGUCGAGUGACCGGUUGGGGGAACCUGGGGGAAACCUGGAGCCCCUCAGCAAGAAAUUUACCCACAGUUCUCCAGCAAAUCCACCUGCCAAUUGUGGACCAGUCCAUCUGCCGCAGGUCCACAUCAGUCAAGAUCACUGACAACAUGUUCUGUGCUGGUUAUAAACCAGAGGAUGCCCAACGUGGAGAUGCCUGUGAGGGAGACAGCGGUGGACCGUUUGUGAUGAAGUACCCGGCAGAGGAUCGCUGGUAUCAGAUGGGCAUCGUGUCGUGGGGUGAAGGCUGCGACCGAGAUGGAAAGUAUGGCUUCUACACUCACCUGUUCAGGAUGAGCAGGUGGAUGAAGAAAGUGAUCUCCAAUACGGGAAAUGACGACAAUAAUGACGACGAAUAGACACAUUUCCUGUUCUGCCUAUUGAGCAAGAGAAUGCUAAUAAAGUUUGUUUCUGAA